UCUCUAACCCCCGCCAGCACAGUCUGAGGUCGCAGCCCCCACCCCAGUUAAAGAGCAGCCCCCUUCCCCCUUGUACCUCCUUCCCACCACAGGGUGAAGCCCCCGCAGAGCAGACGAGGGUGCUCCUGUUCCCCCCCUUUCCAAUCACAGGAGUGGGUGCCCCUGAGGAGAGGUAUUUCCCAUAAGCACCCCCCUCCCCAUCUUCCCACAAGGAGGGGGGAUUGCCAAGCAAAAAGGGGGGGCUCCUCUCAGGCCAAGCCCCUAGGAUAGGGGCUGUUCUCCCCCCUCCCCCCCUCCAGCCAUGGAGAUGCAGAAGGGGAAGGGGGGAACAGCAGGAGGAGGAGGGAAGUUGCUGGUCUCCACUCUUCUGGAUGCCAAGGAUGAGUUGGAGGAGAGGCUGGAAAGAUGCGUGGCCAUCGUGACUUCGCUAACCAACGGGCUGUCAGAGAGGGAAGCUAACGAUGCUCUCAAUGCUCAUAUCUGCAAAGGAACCCCCCAGCACGAGGAGAUCUGCCUGGGUCUCUUCACUCUGGUCUUGACCGAACCGUCUCAGGCACAGAAGUGCUACCGGGACUUGGCACUGGUGAGCCGAGACGGCAUGAACAUUGUUCUCAACAAGAUCAACCAUAUUCUCAUGGAGAAGUACUUGAAGCUGCAGGAUACCUGUCGAACUCAGCUGGUGUGGUUGCUGCGGGAGCUGGUGAAAAGUGGGGUGCUCGGUGCGGAUGGUGUCUGCAUGACCUUCAUGAAGCAGAUUGCAGGAGGCGAUGUGACAGCAAAGAACAUCUGGCUGGCGGAGAAUGUCCUGGAAAUCCUGACUGAGCAAAGAGAGUGGGUACUGAAAAGCAGCCUCCUGAUCGCCAUGGCGGUGUACACCUACCUGCGGCUCAUUGUGGACCAUCACGGCACAUCUCAGCUCCAGGCCCUUCGUCAAAAGGAAGUGGAUUUCUGCAUCUCCCUCCUCCGUGAACGGUUCAUGGACUGCUUCAUGAUCGGCCGGGACCUUGUGCGGCUUCUUCAAAAUGUUGCGAGGAUACCUGAGUUUGAGCAGCUCUGGAAGGACAUCAUCCACAACCCACAGGUCCUCAGCGCCCAGUUCACAGGUGUCCUGCAGCUCCUCCAGUCGAGGACUUCUCGCAAAUUCCUGGCAUGUCGCCUCACUCCCGACAUGGAAACCAAGCUGCUCUUCAUGACCUCACGGGUCCGGUUCGGCCAGCAGAAGCGGUACCAGGACUGGUUUCAGCGGCAAUACCUGUCCACCCCAGACAGCCAGUCCCUGCGCUGCGACCUCAUACGCUACAUCUGCGGCGUGGUCCAUCCCUCCAAUGAGGUGCUCAGCUCCGACAUCCUCCCACGCUGGGCCAUCAUCGGGUGGCUGCUCACCACCUGCACAUCCAACGUUGCUGCUUCGAAUGCCAAACUGGCCCUGUUCUAUGACUGGCUCUUCUUCAACCCUGAGAAGGACAGCAUCAUGAAUAUAGAACCUGCCAUUCUGGUGAUGCAUCACUCCAUGAAGCCUCACCCUGCCAUCACUGCCACGCUGUUGGAUUUCAUGUGCCGGAUUAUUCCCAACUUCUACCCACCACUGGAGGCUCACGUCCGGCAAGGCGUGUUCAACUCUCUCACCCACAUCGUGGAGAAGCGAGUCCUUGCACACCUGGCCCCUCUCUUCGAUAACCCGAAGCUGGACAAAGAGCUCCGUGCCAUGUUGAGGGAGAAGUUCCCUGAGUUCUGCAGUUCACCCUCGCCUCCCAUCGAAGUCAAAGUUGAGGAACCCGUUUCCAUGGAGAUGGAGAACCACAUGUCAGAAAAGGAAGACAGUUGCUAUGACAACGCCGAGGCAGCGUUCAGUGACGACGAAGAGGACUUGAACAACAAAGGGAAGAAGAGGGAGUUCAGGUUUCAUCCAAUCAAAGAAACCAUUGUGGAGGAGCCUGUUGAUAUCACACCAUUCCUGGACCAGCUGGACGAGUCGCUGAAGGAUAAAGUCCUGCAGCUGCAGAAGGGAAGCGAUACGGAAGCUCAAUGUGAGGUCAUGCAGGAAAUUGUGGAUCAAGUCCUGGAGGAGGACUUUGACUCGGAGCAGUUAUCAGUGCUCGCAUCCUGCCUCCAGGAGCUAUUUAAGGCUCACUUCCGUGGUGAGGUUUUGCCAGAAGAAAUAACAGAGGAGUCUUUGGAGGAGUCGGUGGGGAAGCCUCUCUACCUAAUAUUUAGGAACCUCUGCCAGAUGCAGGAAGACAAUAGCGGCUUCUCCCUGCUGCUGGAUCUCCUGUCGGAGCUGUACCAGAAGCAACCCAAGAUUGGUUACCACCUCCUGUACUAUUUAAAAGCCAGCAAAGCUGCAGCGGGGAAGAUGAAUCUGUACGAGUCCUUUGCCCAGGCCACGCAGCUGGGGGACCUGCACACGUGUCUGAUGAUGGACAUGAAGGCCUGCCAGGAGGAUGACGUACGCCUGCUCUGCUACCUCACCCCCUCCAUUUACACGGAGUUCCCAGAUGAGACCCUGCGAAGCGGCGAGCUGCUGAACAUGAUUGUAGCUGUCAUAGACUCAUUUCAGUUGCAGGAGCUGGUGUGCCACGUCAUGAUGGGGAACCUCGUCAUGUUUCGGAAGGACUCAGUGCUGAACAUCCUGAUUCAAAGCCUGGACUGGGAGACCUUUGAGCAGUACUGCACCUGGCAGCUCUUCCUGGCGCACAGCAUUCCUCUGGAGACCAUCAUCCCCAUCCUGCAGCACCUCAAAUACAAAGACCAUCCCGAGGCAUUAUCCUGCCUGCUGCUGCAGCUGAGGCGAGAGAAGCCCAGUGAGGAGAUGGUGAAGAUGGUGCUUAGCCGGCCCUGCCACCCUGAUGACCAGUUCACCACGAGCAUCCUGCGGCACUGGUGCAUCAAACAUGACGACCUCCUGGCCGAGCACAUCAAGUCACUGCUGAUCAAGAACAACAGCCUACCACGAAAACGCCAAAGCCUACGCAGCUCCAGCAGUAAACUGGCCCAGCUCACUCUGGAGCAGAUCCUGGAGCACCUGGACAACCUGCGCCUCAACCUGACCAACACCAAACAGAACUUUUUCAGCCAAACUCCAAUCCUGCAGGCGCUGCAGCAUGUCCAGGCUAGCUGCGAUGAAGCCCACAAGAUGAAGUUCAGCGACCUCUUCUCCCUGGCAGAGGAAUAUGAAGACUCCUCCACCAAACCCCCCAAGAGCCGCCGAAAAGCCACCCUCUCCAGCCCCCGCAGCCGCAAGAAUGCAGCCCAACCGGCCAACAACGAGGAGGAGUCAGGCUCCAGCAGCGCCUCGGAGGAAGAAGACACCAAGCCCAAACCUGCCAAGCGGAAAAGGAAAGGCUCAUCCGCUGUGGGCUCAGACAGUGACUGAGGCCUCUGUCCUCUCCCCCCGCCGCUCCCCGUGGUGCCCCCUUGGAUGACACCGAGUGCCAGCGCGGCGAGGACAGAACGUGCCCCUCCAGGAGCCCCCGGGGACAGGGGGGCUACCCUGUGCUUCCAUGCAGACCCCCUGCUUCCACACUGAUCUCUCCCCACUUGACUUUGUAGCUCUUUUUUCCCAGCAGCCGGGGAGGGAUUGGAGUGUGGAAGCCCCCCAGGGCCUGGUUUGAGGGGUCCCAGAGUGGGACCAUGGCCCCCAGGACCUGGU